UCAUUUCAAGUAACUCUCUUCAUCCACGGGGAUCUGACCCUAACAAUACCGCUGCAUGAGUCGCUUUGAAGAUGUUCCACACAAUGAGUUUUUUCUUGGCCCUUUUCGGGUUAUAUUUGGUGCCGCACAUGCUACAAACCCAGGAGACAAAUGAARAAGCUGUAAAAGAUGGGUGGAGCGACACCAUGUCUUCCCUCAACAAAAAAGGAGAUCAAAAUAAAGCCAUAGGACGCAGCGGUAAACAACUUAGAAAACGUAAUUGCUGGUGUUGGAUAGGAAACGGCACAGAGGGAAACAAUGUUCACAUGGAUCUCGGGCUCCAUCCACAAUCUUUUGAACAAAACGAAGAAGGAAGUCUCCGUUGUGAGGACGGAUGUAAACACGAGUGUUAUCCCUACUUCACAUACGAAGAAAGCGUUGUCGCUCUUUGUCAAAAAAGCCAAUUAGAAGUCAAACAUGGAGCGUUCAGAUCUGGCCGUCAUAGCGCAUGCUAUAGUUACCGCGGAGACCUCCAUUACGGAAAACUGCGCGGAAGAUAUGUGCGCCCGUGGUACGACCCUCUUUAUUACUGCAAAAAGAAAAUGAUCGGUUGUAAUGUCACCUAUGGACUUGGCUAUAAAUUUGAUGAAAACACGAAGCUAUGCAAGAAAGAACUUAAAAAAGAUAAGAACUGCAUCGCUGGAGUGAAGAAACACGAGACAACAUAUCCAAUCUGUUGCGAUAACGAAAACACAUUUUCAUGCGUGCAGCCCGUUUAUUACUUCAAAGCUAUUCGAAGUAGAUAAAUAAUGAUUUAAGUAUGAAAUAAUCAAAUCAUUACGAAUACGUUUAAAUACUAAGAAAACCAAAUCUUAUAAUUUGGAUUCUGUAAUURAAAUAAACCAGUUUUCCUGAAUGCACUUUAGUAUUUUCCUCGCUUAGGCUCAGUUCAGAUCAGACUAAGUCCCAGUGCAGACCUUGAACUUUUGUGGCGUCCAAUGUACUAGACCCUUUGCCAAAAUGGCGGCCGAAAAUAGAAAUAAAAUAAAUAAAAAACCAA